AUGGAAGACGUUGAUGCAACUGGAAUCAAUCAUCAUCAAUCAUCUUCAUUAUUAAUUGUUUCACCUGUACAAAAUUUCUCAGAAAGUCAAAAUGAAGAAAAUAAUUGUCAAGGAGAAAUACAAAUUGAUAGAGAAAGAUUUGUCAAAGUAUUUCUUAUUCGAUUUGAAAUACAUUUUGGAAAAUCUUCUCGCUCGAAUUAA